GCUUCCCGGAGCGACAGUGGAACUCCGAAGUAGCGCCGGACCUUGGCCCUGACGGUCCGAGCUUCCAGCGCGAUCCCGCCCGGUGUCCUCCCUCGGUCGCCGGCCGCUGUCCUCCGCCGUCACCCGCUGUCCUCCGCGCCCAGACCUCCGCGCCGGCAUGACGGGCUCGCUGUUCAAGGCAAACUUCUGGAGCACGGACAUUCUCAGCACUGUCGGCUAUGACAGCAUCAUCCAGCAUCUGAACAAUGGCCGCAAGAACUGCAAGGAAUUCGAAGAGUUUUUAAAAGAAAGGGCAUCAAUUGAAGAGAAGUAUGGCAAAGACCUGCUGAGUCUCUCCAGGAAGAAGCCAUGUGGACAGUCCGAGAUCAAUACCUUGAAGAGAGCCCUUGAAGUCUUCAAGCAGCAGGUAGACAAUGUGGCCCAGUGUCACAUCCAACUUGCACAGACUCUCAGAGAAGAGGCCAGGAAGAUGGAAGAAUUCAGGGAAAAGCAAAAGCUACAAAGGAAAAAGACAGAAACUAUAAUGGAUGCUGCCCACAAGCAAAGAAACUCACAGUUCAAGAAAGCCAUGGAUGCCAAGAAGAAUUAUGAGCAGAAGUGCCGGGACAAGGAUGAGGCCGAGCAAGCUGUCCACCGCAGUGCCAACGUGGCCAACCCAAGGCAGCAAGAAAAGCUUUUUGUGAAACUGGCAACUUCAAAGACCGCAGUAGAAGAUUCAGACAAAGCAUACAUGCUGCACAUCAACAUGCUGGAGAAGGUCCGAGAAGACUGGCAGAGCGAGCACGUUAAAGCCUGUGAGGUGUUUGAGGCCCAAGAAUGUGAGCGAAUCAACUUCUUCCGGAAUGCAUUGUGGUUACAUGUGAAUCAGCUGUCACAGCAAUGUGUCACAAAUGAUGAAAUGUACGAACAAGUCCGUAAGAGUCUGGAAAUGUGCAGCAUUGAGAGGGACAUCCAGUAUUUUGUGAACCAUCGUAAAACUGGACAGACCCCACCAGCACCCAUCAUGUAUGAGAAUUUCUACUCUCCUCAGCGGAAUGCAGCCCCACCAGGAAAGACUACAGGGCCCAAUGUAGCAAGGAGAGGACCUCUCCCAGUUCCUAAACCUUUACCAGAUGAUCCUGAUUACUCCUUGGUUGAGGACUACACUUUGCUCUAUCAGUAGCAUCAGUGGCGAAAGGAAAGCUUCCCCCAGUUACUGCUUCUAUGACGUGAGAAGAGGCCCAGAGAACAGCAUAAUCUGUAACCAAAUCUUGUCAAUCAUGAAGACUUUGAUGGGAACCCUUGUUGAAAAUUUUUUGAUAUUUUAAAUUUAUAGUAGACAUCUGACUCAACCUAGCCAAGUAGAAGUCUGCAGAGUUCUUUUUUUUUCUUAUCAGAAAGUUUACAUACUGCCCCAGAAGGAAGAAUUAUUAUUUCCUAUGUAGUUACUGAGGUUACGAGUAGUGUUUCCUGCCUGGGAAGCAAGGCCACUCUGGAUUCUGAGUGUUGGCUUGAACAGACAGGGCUGCAGAAGGUGGUGCCAACUGCUGAAGCUGCUCCUUGGGCUGGGGGAAGUAGGGCCACGGAAACAGUGACACCCCCUCUAAGUGGUGCAAUACUUGAAAUCACCUUUGUUUUUGCCUGAAAGACUUAGACACAUCAGACUGAACUUGCUCAUUUUAUGGAUGGGGAGACAAGACCCAGCAGGGUGAGAUUAGUUUCCUUACAAUCUGACAGCCAAUGAGAGGAGACGGAACCAGACCCAGAGUAUAUGUUUGUCCUACAGUACUGUUCUUCUAGCCCUUUGUGAACCUGCCAUGCUCAUGUUCAAGUUAAAGAAGGGCUGGCAAGUUGGAUCGGGGAGUAAAGGUGCUUGUGGAAGCCUGAGGACCUGGGCUCCAUUGCUGGAACUCACAUGAAGUGAAAGGAGACAGCCCACUCCACAGUUGGCCUCUGGCUUCCACACAUGUGCUGCAGCACACACAGAGCUGUGACUGACAAGCAUGCACUCUAGCCUGCACACAUGUGCUGUAGCACACACAGAGCCGUGAUUGACAUGCAUGCACGCACACACACAUCCCUUGCUGUGCUCUGGAAUGUUUAAAGAGGCAUUCUUUAUUUGGCUCUCCCUUUGUCACCCACACAUGGCAGGGAGAUCAGGCACUGUUUAUGUGGUAUUCACACCCAAGAAAGUGGCACACUUAGUUAUGACAAAGUACGUUAGCACUGUUUCUUACUGGGCAUGUUGUAAAUGUCUGUGUCACUGCAAAGAACAGACAUGCUCCUCUCCUCCAUACAGUAGCUUUUCUGGGACUUUGGACAAAUUGAUUAAAAUAGGAUUGAAAGACGGGCAUGGUGGUAUCUGCCUGUUAUCACAGCAUGCUGGAGGCUGAGACAGGAAGAUUGUGAGUGUGAAACUGGCCUAGGUACAUAGUGAGAACCCAUUUCAACCCUUCCCCCUACAAAGGAUCGAUUAUUUCUCCUCUUUCAAUAUAAGACGUUCCCGGCCACAGCAGCUUCUUGUCAUGACAGGAAAUUUGCACCAGCUAGGCAUCCUUUUGAGAAACUCAGGUUUGCAAAGGUCCAUUGACUUCCCCAAACUGGAAAGCCUCAGGAAAUUGUCUAUUGCAUAUAGCACAAUCUAUUUUUACGUAUAUUAUUUAUUGUUGGCAAGCCCUCAGUGAUAAUUUUAUUGCUUUUUUUCUGCUUGACGUGAAGUAAAAUAAAAGUGAUGAUUUGGAAUCUAA